AUGGAGAUUCAGAAGAAGAUUCACAUUAACAUACCAUUGAUUGAAGCCAUUCAACAAAGGCCAAACUAUUCCAAAUUCAUGAAGGAUGUUCUUAAAAAGAGGAAGAGAGUGAGAGAAUUUUCUACUAUUGCAUUAACUCAAGAGUGCAGCCAACAUAUUCAAGGAAAAUGCCCUCCUAAGUUAAAGGAUCUUAGAAGCUUCAUUGUACCAUGUAACAUGAGAGAUUCUUUUUUUGGUAGAUCAUUGUAUGACCUUGGGGCAAGUAUUAACCUCAUGCCCUUAUCUAUCUUCAAGAAGUUGGGUACUGGAGUUACCAUACCAACAACUAUCAUCCUCCAACUAGCUGACAGAAGUAUUUGCUACCUCCAAUGGAAGAUUGGGUAUGUGUUAGCGAGGGUUGAUAAGUUUCUGUUUUCGACUGACUUUAUCAUUAUGGAUUUUAGUGAUGAUGAAGAAACUCUCAUACUAUUGGGAUGA